AUGACGGCCUCCCUCAAGGAUGUCAGCGCCGCCAUCGACACCCUCACCGGCGAGUGGGGACCGCUCACCGGCGAGUGGGGACCGCCCACCACGACCGAGACCACGCUCAAUGGCGUUCCCUACACUCCAUUCAGCAAGGGCGACAAGCUAGGUCGCAUGGCGGACUGGACCAGCGAGGGCAAGGAUCGUGAGGGAAGAGGUGGUAGGUCGAACUUUGCCAACCGGUUCCGCGACCAGGUAUACGGCGCUGGUCCUGGUGGAUUGCAGACGGCUUUCAAUAUCGAGGGAACAAACGAAGAGAGCACCUUUUCCCUCGUCGACCGCUCGCAGACCACAACUCGCGGGCGUGGAUUCGGCGGUCGUGGAAGCGCUGUCUUCAGAGGACGCGGUCAGCGCGGUGGAGCGCAAGGACAGCGUGGUGGAGCUCGUGGCACUUUCCAGCGCGUGGGAGGUGGCCGAGGAGGACAGCAAGGCUACGACCGUGGCCGAGGCGGUAGGAGAGGAGGUCGCUUUGGAUGGAAGGACUACGAUAAGCCACAGAGAAACCGGGAGGCAUCAGUGCAGCCCAAGGACAGCUGGCGGCUGCUCGAGGAGAUCGAUUUCAACCGUCUCUCCAAGCUCAACCUGGACACUGGCGAGGGCGAGGAUUUGGACGACUAUGGCUUCCUCUACUACUACGAUCGCUCGUACGAUAAGCAGCCUGGUGCGCCGACCUCGAUGCGAAAGUUGACCGUCCUCGACCGCGCCGCCUACAAUGUCACCACCUCGUCGGACCCCGUUAUGCAAGAGCUGGCCGAGAAGGAUGAAGCUUCUAUUUUCGCUACAGACAAUAUCCUCUCCAUGCUCAUGUGCGCGCCGCGCUCAGUGUACAGCUGGGAUAUCAUCCUUCUGAAGCAGGGCAACAAGAUCUUCAUCGACAAGCGUGAAGGUAGCAGCCUUGACAUGGUCACGGUCAACGAGAACGCAGCCGACGCUCCUCUAGAGAUCAGCGAGGGUAACAAGGACCAGAUCAACAGCCCAGGUGCUCUCAAGGAAGAAGCCACGCACAUCAACAACGUCUUCCCAUUGCAAGUCGUUCAAGAGUCGGACACCAGCCGUCGCGACAUGAACCACGAGCAUCCCUUCUAUAACCCAGACGAGGAGACUGAUCCACCAGCAUCCAAAUCCUACAAGUACCGCCGCUUCGAUCUUUCUCUGGAAGCUGACUCGGAGCCGCUCCACCUCAUCGUUCGCUCCGAGCUGGAUGCCGUGGUCAAGAACAACAUCAGCGGCGAGGACCAACUCCUUACCAUACACGCCCUCAACGAGUUCGACAACAAGGCUCAAGGCGCGGGUGGAGCCCUAGACUGGCGUUCCAAGCUUGCAAGUCAGCGUGGUGCUGUCGUUGCAACUGAGAUGAAGAACAACAGCUGCAAGCUGGCUCGAUGGACCACCCAGUCUAUUCUUGCGAAGGCCGAUCUCAUGAAGCUUGGGUAAGUCAUUCUCAUUCUAGAAUAUUGAAGCAAAGUACUGCAGUCCGCUAACCUAUCUCCAGAUUCGUGAGCCGCACCAACCCCAAGUCCACGAACGAGCAUGUGAUCUUGGGCGUUCUCGGCUACAAGCCACGUGAGUUCGCCUCGCAGAUGAACCUCAAUCUCAACAACGGAUGGGCCAUUGUCCGUACCUUUGUCGACAUGGUCAUGAAAGAAGGCGAUGGAAAGUUCGUUCUCGUCAAGGAUCCCAACAAGUCUGUCAUGAGAUUGUAUGAGGUGCCGUCGGGCACAUUCGAGGAGGAAGCUGAGGAGUUGAUGCCGUUGCCGGAGGAUGGCGAGGCCUGA